AUGUUGGAGAUGAAGAUGAAGAUGAAGGAGAGAGAGAAAGGAGAAAGAGAAAGGAUGAAGCUGGAGAUGCAGGAAAGGCGAGAGGGUCAUGGUCUGGCCUGGGGUGGCCAGGACGACGGCGAUGAUGAUGAUGAAGGUGAUGAUAAAAAAGAAGAAGAAGAAGAAGAUAUUACAGAGACGAGACGAGGAGAAGAGAUGAUGGAUAAGAAGAGAGAUGUGAGAGACUUGGACUAUGGGAUACAGACAUGGCUGGUCCAUCCUACGGCUGUCCGCUGCCUCCUGGCCACCAAGAGAGGAGAGACAUCAAGUGGGAUCCUCUGGCUCAGCUACAACAUGCAGACAGCAGGCGAUUAUAAGACCUCCAUACAAUUACUAUCCCCAAGAUCCAUCAGUUGGACUGCAACAGGCAUACACAUCACAGGAGAUGUUGGUAGAGACUACGGAGUACAGCCAUUGAGCGUGGACUCGACUUAUAAAAGAGAUACAAACCAUGGUCAAAAGAAAGGAGAAGACGACCUCCUUAUUCUCCUGAGUCCUCUCCCUGAGUUUCUCCCUGAGUUCUCCCUGAGUCUUAGUCUUCUCCUGGUUGCUCUGUUGCUCCUCUAG